CGGCGCUAAAUCGAAAAUAGUGUCGCCAGAUGUCGCCGUACCCUCUUACGGGACGAAAAAACAAGAGAACGUCACGGUAGAGCACAGAGGGGCGGGACGGAGCCCGCCGCGGGUGCUUUUGUUUUUGUAGCGAUCUUCGCGCACCUCUUUAGGGAACACGGAGGAGGAAGAGAGAGAGUGAGUCGGCUUUUUUUUCCCUAAACACGUCGUCGUGUGGGAGUCCAUUCCGGCCCGGCCGCAAGUGGCACUGCAGCCUGCCCCUCCGUACCCGUUCUCAAGCCCCGGCGCUCGCUCAGCGGCGUCGGAACCCAGAGGACAGUCCGUGAAGCGAAACGACCCGCUGAUCGACCAGCAGUGCACGCGUGUUCGUCGAGAGAUGCGGUUAUAGCGGAUCGGCAAGCGGAGCCCGCCGCCUCUUCUCGAAGACGAGCUUCUACUUGCUCCCGAGGUGAACUCGCCGCCGCACGCAGGACCCUCCGUGUCUUUAACGUUCGGGAUCUCUGUUCCGGGAGGGGAUUCUCGAAGGCGUCUUCCGCCAGGACCCGUUCGUCCGAACCCAGGGGUCAUGGAGCCGUCGUCGGCCGGUGGAACGGCGGUCGACGGCGUGUCAUCUGUCUCCAAGCGGGAGUACUUCCUGGACCUGUUCUGGCGGCACAAGCACACCACGAUCACGCUGUGCUUCGUGUUCUGGAGCUUCGGCAUGUGCGUCGCCUUCCUGGGACCGACGCUGUUGGAUUUGGGUUGCAAGACCCAGACCGUGUUCUCCACCAUGUCCUGGGUGUUCUUCAGCCAGUCACUGUUCAUCCUGCUCGGCGCGGCCGCAGGCGGCGUCCUCGUCGAAAGGCUGACGCCCAACCUGACGCUAGUGCUGGGCACGGCCAUGAUGACGAUCACCAUGGCUCUGAUUCCGGUGUGUCACGUGCUCGCCAUGCUCGCCGUGGUGCUGGCCAUCAUGGGCUUCUUCAUGGGAUGCAUCGACACCGUCUCCAAUGUGUACAUGAUACGGAUAUAUUCAAAAGACGUCUCGCCGUUCCUACAAGCGCUGCACUUUUUCUAUGGCAUCGGGGCGUUCGUGAGCCCGAUGAUCGCCCAGCCAUUCUUGCUGAACGAGGACUGUUCGCUGUUCAUCGACAACAGCUCCGAACCCACGUUCGACCAAGAGGACAUGAAUCCCUCUGGGGGAGGCCUUCCUGCUACGUCGCUCGCCGAGGCCCAACGCAAGACACACAUCGACUACGCAUUUUGGAUCAUGGCCCUGCUCAUGGUACCCGUAGUCGUGUUAGCUCUGUCCCUGGUUGGAAAACAGUGGUACCGGCGGCGCCUUGCCUCCCAGGAUCCGGGAACGAAGCAGGCUUGGUACGAGUCUGUGGACGACCCAACUGUGCCAGCCGUUCCGGACAAGACGGGCAAGGCGACGGGCACUUCCCAGAUUAUUCUGGUUGCACUUCUCACCGCAGCCAUGAUGUUCCUCUAUGAUGGACUUCAGGCUGCAUAUGGCGGCUACAUCUACUCCUACGCCGUGAAGGGAGCUGCUCGUCUUCCAAGAGCCGACGCUGCCUACCUCAACGCCCUCUUCUGGGGCAUGUUUGCCAUGGGUCGGCUCAUAUCCAUCGCCCUGGCCACCAAGCUAGCCCCGGCUCUCAUGCUUCUGUGCAACGUGUGCGGCUGUACGCUGGGCGUCACCCUGAUGCUAUGCGUUCCCUGGAGCAAAGCCGUGCUCAUCAUGGGCACCAUGAUGAUGGGCAUCUUCAUGAGCAGCGUCUUCCCAACCGCGCUGUCGCUCGCCGAACAGUGCAUCUACGUGUCACCUCGUAUAACAAGCACGCUAGUCUUCGGCGCAGCGCUGGGCGAGAUGUCGAUGCCUGUCAUCUUGGGACACGAGUUUCACCGCGUAGGACCAACAGCGUUUCCAGUCACCUGCAUGGUCCUAUGCGUGCUUUCUUGCGUCGUCUACAUAGGACUCUGGGCUGUCGGCCAUCAGCUCACUGGAGGACGAGGCCUCAUCACCGCCUGGCUCUUCGGAGCCAAGCCCGAGUGCGGCGAGGAUUCCGGCCUGAUGACGCAGCACGUGCGCUACUACUCGCGCAUGCGCAGCGACCUGUCCGACAACAGCGUCGACGAGCACGAGAGCACUCUCACUUCCGGUCCAGAGCUGCCGGCGACGCAGCAAGCGCCGCCCGCCGCCGUCAUGUCUCCCGUCGCCUCCUCUGGCGGCUCGCUCAACCCAUUCCAGCAGUAGUAACGGCGACCUCUUUAUUGCCCCUACUUAACCAAAGCCAUCAAUCAAACCGGUGGCACUCACUCGGACCGCGCGGUCUGUCGGCGAUGAACUCGACGUCUCCGAGAAAGGAGCUGCAAUUUCUUCCCCACAAAACAGAUUUAACCAUUCCUUGUUGUCGUACUAGACGUGUAGAUAAGAGGGUGCCAUGCGACUUAGUAGCACCGUAUAAAUUAAGAGUGAGCGUGCUGCGUACAUGCUGUCGACUGGAAAUAUUUCCUUUCUGGGUAGCGCUGUUUUUUUAGCAACGCAGUUUUUUUGAGGCAGCAGGGCAUGGCUAAACACCUUGCAAGCGCAUUGCCUAGUCUUUAUUAAUAAAUUGAGUGUGCCAGGUGCAAAAAUCACUCGAAUAGAGCACACUAGAGCGACGGGAAGGCUUUUGCGAGAACAUUCCUGGUCACGUCUUCCCAUGAGACCGUCAAACAAGCAUCGUUAGAGUGUUGUCGCACUGUGCGACAGUGUCCCGCUAACCUCAUGGUAUGGUAGAGAUGUCAGAAUUGAAAUGUUCGAAGAUGACAUUACAAGAUGUCGGCAGCAAGGCAGACAUCUUGUCUUUCCCACGUUCUGGUGGGUGUCUCUAACUUGGUACGCCUACGCGUCGCUGAAACAUAAUUCUCUCGGUGCUGGGGAAGUGGAUGCAAACGACUGUGUUGGUGCUGACUGCCAAUAUUAUGUCAUUUUUUUGUUUAACAACAGCCCGCAGGAUAUCGAUGACGAUGAUCGAACUGUCCGUGCUAAGCUGCUGCUGACACGUAGAGGCAUUGUUUUCAUGCAAGGAUUUGUGGUCCCUCGAUUAUUCAACUACUCCUUGGAAGCAUUCCGCCAAGGAUUGUCAUUUCCAUUGCGUGUUAGUCCAACCCAGCGUUUCGCGGUGUCGCAGCCGCCAGUGGCGCAGUGGUCGCGGUAGUGUCAUCGCAAUCAGGGUGCGAGUUAUGCGCACAUCUUAUUACAAAGCUCUGAUCGAACGCGUUUGUUAAUUCUCUACCGUAUCCUUUACCGCCCGUAGACCUUAUGCGAGAGUAAGCUGCAUGCGUUAGGCUAUUAGAGCGGUACAUGCACUGGCGUAAGGUAAAUGAAAUGACGCUGACCCUCAAGCUGUAGCGAUGUGCUGCCCACUGACGCUAAGGCUGACAAACGAAGGCUCUGAGGUGGUGCUAAAGCACGGAACCUCGUUGCCGAAGUAUACCUUAUUUCCAUUGCAGUGACGUCAGAGAUGCGAUCGCUCAACCAGCGUCACCAAGCACAGGCAUUAUGCAAUCUUCCUCAUGUAUGCCCGUCUCUCACACUGGCGCCUGCGUAGGAAGGCUGCAAGGCGAGAGUCGAGAUGUGAACGUUUUCCUACAAGUUUUUAUGUACCCUUUUAUACCUGCAGUUGCUUCACUAAAUUCCGUGUACUUCGUUAUUAGCUUAGUGCUAUCAAUAACUUGAUUUCGCUCUAAGCACAAUGAAGCGAAUACGAUUUCUUCUUGCGGCGGUCGAAUUUCGAUGAAGGCAAGAUGCAAGAACGUCCGUGUACUUUGUUUCAGCUGUGCCGACGUAAUGGAUACACACUUUCCCAACUAGGGUUAACCUCAUAAGGAAAUCGUCGUUUCGGCGCGUAGAGCUACACAAUUUUUAAUAUUUACUUGAUCCCCGCUUGACUUACAGGUAUUGCCGGGCCGCGAGAAGUAGCUGCAGAUUUAGUACAUCAUUCAGGAGCUCACUUGCAGAAACGUCGUCAGUUUCGUAGAUCGCUGUAAUUUUUUCAUUCUUGUUUCGGGCGAAUGAGACGCGUCGUGUUUCGUGCCGUAGUGAAAAAUGUUUGCGGUCCAGGAUGGAUCACUAUUUCCCUAGUGAAAAGAAAAAAAGAAAUGAAGCAGUAGUGUGGCGGUGUACUUGAAAUUCAGCUGCAAAGUUGUUUUCUUCCAUCCAUGCUUUACCACAAUGUUCACGAUGCCGAACUAUCAUAGCUUUUUGACACCUAUGGUGAGCAUCAGGUGAUAUUUGACGGUCAUACUGUUUUAAUGAGGGUGCAUUGUCUUUGCCGCUUAUGAUAAGGAAGAUCGUUAUUUUAGAGAAUCUUGGCCUGUGUUGACUGAAAGGCAUGAGACAGGCCUAGUUUUUCGCUCUUUAAACACGAUAUCUGCGGAAGAAGC